AAUAAGGACUCCUGCCUUUUGCUCUUCCACGCCAAUAAUUCGGUCAAAGGGAAGAGAAAGAAACCCAAGAACUGCUGCCGCGUAAUGGAGCCCUCGGCGGCGGGCAGCGGGGCUGCUGGCGGCGCAUCGAGGCCACCGAGCUUCGCCUCGCAGACCAAUGCCCUCCUGCGCAAAAAUCUCAUCUUCCAGAAACGUAACAGGAAGGCAACCAUUCGGCUAAUAAUAGUUCCGAUAUACCUCUGUCUAUUGCUCAGUAUCCUUCAACGAGUCAUCAACAAUUUGUUGGAUAAACCAAAAUACAAGUGUGGCUGCAAGUGUGUUAAUGUGAAUGGUUCAGUUCCAUGCCAAAAUGUGUGCGGAAUUCAGUACUCUACACUGGAUCAGGCUGGCAGUUGCCCUAUACCAAAUCCUCCAGAAUGGCCUGUUCUCCUACAAGUGCCCCGCCCCGAGUAUCGUGCCAUCCAGGAUUCCUCUAAAUUGUUCACAGGCCUUCCGGAUGCAUCAUGCAGAAAAUCACAAUCCUGCCCGGCCAGUAUACCCUUCACGGGAACAAAUGAAAGUCUAUCUACCAGUGUCAUUCAGAACAUGUUCAUAGACUCGCCACUUACAAAUCUUUCUGAUUUUACAAGCAUAUCUACUCUUCUCCUUGGGACAGAUGUACCAGGUACUUCUACGGGCUUCAUUGAUCCUGCUUUUAUCUCGGGUGCACCCAUUUAUGUACUUCAAUCUCAAUGCAAGCCCAUGGAUUCAGUUACGGUCCACACUACCAUUAAUGCUGUUAAUGUUCAGAAAGAGAUAAAAUGUGUUCAAGGUCUACCCUUGUGGCGGAAUAGUUCAAUAACAAUCAAUGAGGAGACAUUUAAGGGUUACCGGAAAGGGAAAACUGGGGAAGGGAUAAGUGAAGUUGCAAUGGCCUAUGAUUUCCAGGACUCAAACGAGAAGCGUUUCAAUGUGCUUGCAAUUUAUAACUCGACUUACCAGAAUAUCUCUUAUAUUCCAAUGCCAUUCGGACUUCUGCGUGUUUCACGAUCACUGAAUGCGGUCUCAAAUGCCUAUCUCCAAUUUCUACAAGGUCAAGGUUCAGGCAUAAAAAUGUUGCUCGAGUUCUCAAAAGAAAUGCCUAAGCAAGCAACUCGUCUGACGAUUGAUUUUUCUUCUCUUGCUGGUCCUCUCUUUUUUGAAUGGGUUGUCGCAUUGCUUUUCCCGGUUAUGCUGACAUACCUUGUAUAUGAGAAGCAACAAAAGCUCCGAACAAUGAUGAAAAUGCACGGGCUUGGGAACGGCCCUUACUGGAUUAUCUACUACGCCUACUUCCUUACUUUGUCUACAGUGUAUCUUUUGUUAUUUGUCAUUUUUGGAUCCGUCAUAGGUCUAAGUUUUUUCAAGGAGAACGACUACAGUAUCCAGUUUGUUUUCCUCUUCAGUUUCAUUAACCUGCAGAUUGUAUUAUCCUUCCUAGCUGCAGCAUUCUUUUCAAAAGUUAAUACUGCUCAAGCAAUUGCAUACUUGUACAUAUUUGGAUCAGGGUUAAUGGCAGGAUCUCUUAUUCGCAAUUUUAUUGAAGGUGGAAAAUUUCCAUCACAUUGGAUUACAGUUCUGGAGAUAAUACCUGCAUUUUCUUUAUACCGAGGAUUAUAUGAGCUUAGCCAAUAUGCCAUCAGGGCUUCGGAAACAGGAAAUCCUGGCAUGCGAUGGAGUGAUCUAAGUGAUGAUUCAAAUGGAAUGAGGAAUGUGCUGAUCAUUAUUAUUGUCGAGUGGUUGGUUUUGCUUCCUGUUGCAUAUUAUUUUGACCAUGCUGCUGCAGUUGGACACAGACCAAGUCCCAUUUCUAUAGUCAAACGUCUUCUAAGGAAGAAUCCCACUUGGAGAAAGAUAGCUGUUAACGAAGUAGCCGAUAGGCCUGCUAAUGAUGUUCAUGUAGAAAUGGAGAAGCUAGACAUUAUCGAAGAAAGGAAGACUGUUGAUCAAGUACUACAGCAACAGUACAGUGGCUAUGCUGUUAUAUGUGACGAUCUCAAGAAAGUAUAUCAUGGAAAGGAUGGCAACCCUGAUAAGCAUGCUGUUCGAGGUCUAUCACUUGCUUUACCAUACGGAGAGUGUUUGGGUAUUCUUGGUCCUAAUGGAGCUGGAAAGAGCUCUUUUAUUAGCAUGAUGAUUGGAUUCACAAAGCCAACAUCAGGGAAUGCAUUUGUACAGGAUUUCAGCAUACAUACUGACAUGGAUAACAUCUACAACAGCAUGGGGGUUUGCCCACAGAAUGAUAUGCUUUGGGAGAUGCUGACUGGCAGAGAACAUCUCCAGUUUUAUGGUCGCCUGAAGAGUCUCAAUGGCUCUACUUUGGACCUUGCUGUUGAAGAAUCUUUAAGAAGUGUAAAUUUACUUCUUGGUGGUGCUGCUGAUAAGCAAGUUAGGAAGUACAGCGGUGGCAUGAAAAGGCGUCUUAGUGUCGCAAUCUCACUGAUUGGACACGCUAAAGUAGUGUACAUGGAUGAGCCCAGUACUGGACUGGAUCCAGCCUCGAGGAAGAGUCUCUGGAGUGCAGUGAAGCAAGCAAAGCAAGAUAGAGCAAUCAUACUUACGACCCAUUCCAUGGAAGAAGCCGAAGCUCUCUGCGAUCGGCUGUGUAUUAUGGUAGAUGGAAGGCUCCAAUGCAUAGGAAGGCCUCAAGAGCUCAGAGCUAGAUAUGGAGGCUAUUAUGUCUUGACGAUGACGACAUCCUCAGAGUACGAACACGAGGUUGAGAAUUUGGUACUGAAGCUCUCACUGAAUGCAAGAAAGGUAUAUCAUUUGUCAGGAACACAGAAAUAUGAGCUGUCAAAGCAAGAAGUUAGGAUUGCAGAUGUCUUCAUGGCUGUGGAGAAUUUCAAGAAGAGAGUUGAAGUGCAAGCAUGGGGCCUCGCAGACACCACCAUGGAAGAUGUGUUUGUCAAAGUCGCCACAGGGGCGCAGUCGAGUGACCAACUCUCUUUUUUUUUUUUUUGCGAAGAAAACAUCCAAUCUAUUCAUCAACAAUCAAGGCGAUACAAAGAACACCAGAGGCAAUAAGAAUUACAUCUAGGUCCGAAGACCACCUAGCGACGACUACAGACACUAGAGCGAGCCGAAGGCGCGCCGCUGCCAUCACCCCUCCAUGAUCAGAGCCGGGCGAAUCUUGUUGUAGAAGACAGUCGGGAAGUCGUCGUGCUACGGCCACAGAGGACCAGCGCACCAGCACAGCAACCGCCGCCGAUGAAGAGAUGCAUAGAUCGGAAGCCUCUAAUUUUCUGACACACAAACGGAGACGAACGACGAUCAGAUCCAACCGGAUCCACCGCAGACACACACUGGCCAGAUCUGACGAGAUCCACCAGAGACAAACCUCCACACCCCCUCCAACAACGCUAGGGACGUCGUUGGAGCGGAGGCUGGGUGGGGGGAACCUUAUUCCAUCUUCAAAGAGCAGCCGCCGCCUGAUCUCUCCAAAGAAGACGCAAAACCUAGCAAAACACAAAAAAAACCGUGAGGAUGGAGCCCUCCCGCCGGCAGGGACCGGGAACCACCACGCGACCAUGGCUCUGAGGCCACGGAGGCGGGCGGCCCGGAGGCGCCGCCGGCAGGAGGCGGAGAUCCCGAUCGCCUUUUAGAUCGCUUUCCUGGCGGCUGGUGCGAAGCGGUACCUAAGAAAACAUAUUUGCUUUUUUCCAACCUUGGCGAUGAAAGGAACAUUAGAGCUAGGAGUGACCAACUCUCUUAGCCUGGCGCAAGAUCCUACUUGUGAUGUUUCCCUGUCCACUAGGUAGAAAUUCUUUUUGUGAAGCCAAUGAUUUGCUCGGCUUGUAUUUACUUGCCCCCCUUUUAGGUAGUUGUAUGUGUAUGAUUAUUAUUAUGUUCAACAUGUAUAUGCUUAUCUGUACAAUCAGAAAAUGGACCUAACACCAGCUUUUAUUCUUUAUUUAAUACUAGUACAUAUUUUCUUUUCC